GGUAGGUAUGUUGGCGAUUAAGUAGGUCGUAAGGAUUACACCACAGGUUCAAUCAGCCAAGUCCGUACUGUAUCCGCGGAGCCCGCCACCGCUGCAUGAACUAAAUCCAAGUAUCCACAAGGCCGUCGCGGGAAUAACCGGAAAUGUAAAUCUACCAAAGCUGGGCCUCUUCUAAUUCCCGAGAGUUUGGACGACCUAAUCGCGCGCGCGACCCUUCGGUCUAAUACCCGAUCCCGUCACUUGCGAGACUCCCUUCAAGUUGGCAAUGAUCCUCGUCUGGCAACCGCCUCGCGCUAUGCUAAGACCUUAGACGAUAUCGCUGCCGUGCCACGCCUCCAUCGCCGAACAUAAGCGAAGGUUACAUUUUUCCCACACCGAUUCUGUGACUUAUCUGUGAUGAGUACCUAGGUAGAUAGCUAUUUAAAGUUAAACGGCGAGCUUCACUGUUUUGUGAGGUUAGAAACUAGUCCGCACUUCGGUCCGGGGCCCGUGAAUUUUAUCUGGUUUUUGAUUCCUUCUGGCAAUUUUUAUAUCGGCAUAUCAACCUUCUCACCAAGCCUCGAGUGGAAUUCCCCGUUGCAAUAAUUAAAUAGCUAGCUAGAAUCUUGCUUCUGAGCUCGGAGUACAUGAUUUACAAACUGCUUGAUUUACAAACUGCUUAGAAUCUAGAUAGAACUUGACACCUCGGGAGGAUGGACACGAAGAUCAACGCCGGCACCUCAACAACCGCCGCAGCUGAUAGACCAAGCGAUCACCCGUCUCUCGGCGCCGGAACAUCCGAGAAGCAUGAUAUUUCGACAGCGCCCUUACCACCUACGGCUCUGGAUCGUUCCAUCUCGAAAACCGAAGAGCCAGGACCGAUAGACCAAGACGAGGUAGCUCACGAUAUACCACCGCUGGACGUCGCCAGCCCUAUAUCAUACGUGUGCCUGACGUUCGACACGCCGUUGCCAUCUCCAAAUACGGACGGACGGCAGCUAGGACGCGGAGACCUUCCCGCAUGUCCCGACCUUUCAUCCUAUGCCGAUCCGCUGAAGUGGCCGCCGGCCCGCAAGGGGGUCAUGGUGGCUAUAUCCUGCAUGGCCACCUGCUUCACAGCAUACGCGGCGGGCGCGUAUUCCGAAUCUGCGGAUUUGAUCGCCGCGGAAUUCAACACAACGCGCGAGAACGCUCUGGUCGGCGUCACUACCUUUUGUAUCGGCUUCGCUAUUGCUCCCAUGGUCUUGGCCCCCUUUUCCGAGAUCAAUGGGCGCUACCCCAUCUUCGCCGUCGCCGGUGUCGUGUUUGUCGUCUUCCAGGCCGUCUGCGGCGUGGUCACGAACUUGGCAGGCAUGCUGGUCGCCCGGUUCCUCAAGGGCGUCGGCGGGAGUGUGUUCAGCACGAUGGUGGGUGGCGUAAUCGCCGACAUGUACGAGAAGGAGGACCGAAACACGCCGAUGGCACUUUUCAGCGGCGCCGUCUUGGUGGGCACCGGCCUAGGACCGCUCGUAGCUGCGGUCAUGGUUCAACGAUGGGGGGACGAAGAUCGGAAGUGGAAGUGGGUAUUUUGGCAUCAGGUUAUCAUAGAUUUCGUCUUGAUGGUUGCCGUCGUGGCUUUUUUCAAAGAGAGCCGCGGCUCGGUGCUCCUUUCGAGGAAGGCGAAAGUCUUGAAUAAGUGGUAUGAACAGCUCGAGGACAAGGGCGCAUUCGGAGUUUAUAUAUCGGAGCCAAAUGGCGAUUCGGAUAUCUUGUCGAGAUCUGCGGCGACCAAGGACCUCAACACGUCAGCGGCAGAGAAACGUCAGAAAAAAUCAGACUCCGCGUUCAAAUCUAACCGGGACGGAGACCGAGGGCCGAGGCGAAUCAGAUGGGUCGUGAGAGAAGAUGAGCAGCGGGCAUCCCUAGCUACGAUGAUAACCGUGUCGCUUUUUAGGCCUUUCAUGUUCCUCUUUACGGAGCCCAUCGUAUUUUUCUUCUCUCUUUGGGUGUCUUUCGCCUGGGCCAUCCUCUACCUGACUUUUGGGUCCAUACCGUUGGUGUUCCAGAGGCAGUACGACUUUAGCAUCGAGCAGUCCGGUUUCGUCUUCGUCGCUAUGAUCGUAGGCUCUAUACUCGCGACGAUCCUCGGUAUAUACCAAGAAGGAAUGCUCAAACAUCCCAAGUGGCGUUCGGGAUCGAGAUCGGGAUCGGAAAGCUCGGAGGCGGACAGCUCAGAAACCGGCUCGGAAGACAGCUCGGAAGACAGCUCGGGAGAUGGCUUGGAGGAUGGUAUUACGGGUACGGGGCUCUGGGCUUUUGUGCGACGGAAAUUUCCGGCCCAGUCGCCAGAAUCGCGGCUGUACUUCACCUGCUUCACGUCGGUGCUGCUGCCGGCAGGUCUCUACCUAUUUGGAUUCGCCUCUCAGCCGUCGAUCCACUGGAUGGUUCCUACGUUUGCGAUAUUCCUCGCGACUAUGGGAAUCUUUUACGUCUACCUGGCUACGUUUAACUAUCUAGCGGAUAUCUACCAAGCCUACGCGUCCUCGGCGCUGGCCGCGCAGUCCUUCUGCCGCAACGUGCUCGGCGGGGCGUUUCCUCUCGUCACGGGGCCCCUGAUUCGAAAUCUCGACGAAGACGCGAUGGGCGGGCUGCUGGGAGGAAUUGCUACGGUGCUGACGAUCGUGCCGUGGGCGCUGGUUCUGUUCGGAGGUAGAAUUCGGGGCCGGAGCUCCUUUGCUAUCGCGCUCGAGCAGAAGUGAAGAGCUAACGUCAAGGAUACAUGUCGGCCUUGUAUGACUUACCAGCUUUAACGAGAAGGAUGUGCUAAGCUUGCUAAGCUUAAGAAACGAAACUCGGAUAUAUUGAUGCGCUCAAUAUUCGUAGUAAUCGUGGUUGAAAAUUGACUCGUCAAGUUUUGGAGUGUUCCCCAUCCGAUUUUUGUAUGGGAAACUCUGGUAUGAAAGCUUUAGUUCGUUCAAAUACCUACCUAGGUACCUAUAUGUAGACCUAAAGAUAUUUUAUCAUUUCUAUCGAUAGAGCUAUUUCAGAGUGACAAGUCUGAGUGUUAGUGUAAAGGGAG